GGAAAGCAACGGAAAAGGGAAAAAGAAAGAAAGAUCGAUUACGAGGAGCUGUCACGUGGAAUUAAACAUGUCGACGAUAUUAAACAACGAGUACAGCGAUACAGAGUUUCUCAUAGUUUACGAGAGAAGAAGAUCAAACAGUUGAAAACGGAGAAAGAGAACGGGGAGGAAAUGUCGGAGAGGAAAGGAAAACCGGCAUCACCGCUACCAGCGGCCGCUUCAACGCAAUGCUGCAACAGCUUGCCAACAGAUACAGUCCAGUGUCCAGCGCUUCAAGUGACAUCACGAAUGUUACGAUCGCCGAGUCACGAGAGCGUUACGACCGAUCUCUCUCUCUUCAGUGUCUCUUCGAUAGCAAGCGAGCUGCGGGGGGUUAACAGACUGGCUAAUUUCAAAUCUUACACGGACAUACACCUCGCUGGUCGCGGGCCAUCGCCGAAACCUGACUCUCGUCAGGUUCAAACCAACAGGCCAGCAGAUAUACCGGAGAUUCUUUGGUUCGAGGAAGAAAACGAGUUGAUUCGUAGUUGCGGGGUACUCUCUUCGGCGCUCGGUCUUCGCAAAAGCUUCAGCACCAGCGACGUGUCUCAACUGCCAAGCCCGGACGUAUCGGGCCCGAGCGGCUUACGAUCGGCUGUGUCCACUUUGGCCCUGAACACUGCCCAAAGGAAUACCUUGCUUUUGGAACACGCGCGUCUCGAUCACGCUUCAAGAUCGUGCAGCACGUGGGUCGCCGUCGGCGAACCAGUGGCCAACACGUCGCAGCUUCCCAGCCCUCACGGCGGAGCUACGCAGGAACAAUACCAACAACAACAACAACAGCAGCAGCAGCAGCAGCAGCAGCAGCAGCAGCAGCAGCAGACUACUUCCGCUUCUCAGUCUGGCAGUCAACAACAGCAACCGCCAAUUACGCCACAUCCGCCUAUACCUUUCACAGGAGCUGACUUUGUCAGGUCCGUGAACAAAAAGGUUCGCCAAAAUUACAUACGACGAAGAUUGUUAACGACAUAUCGCGCUUUGGAACGACUUUCACAAAGCGAAUUCAAUUUAGAUCAAUUGGAGAUGGUAGCGAGUGCGGCGCAAAGUGCUUCUGGAACGACGUUGCUGGUCCCUGGGACAACGGGCGCUGCUGGAUCCGCACUGUUGGGACAAAAGGAGCGAAACCACGCUUUGACCGUCAAAGACGUUGAACGAGAACGUGGAAAUCAAUUAUCGAAAUACGAGAGGAACAUGAUGAUUUUUAACUGGCUGCACACUCUCGACGACACCGCCAUCGUCGACAGUAUGGAAUAGAAGUCGUUUCUAGCGUAGGCGCGCGACUGUAGAGACCGGAGAAGAUGUCAUCCAUGGCCGGAUGGAGGAUCAGGCCAGGGGCAAAGAAAUGCUUCGUUCGACAAAGAAAGACGACGAAAGAGGAAGAUGCGUAUCACCGGUGUACAGAAAGAAAAGACGCGCGUAUCGAAAAUUCAGAAACGCCGCCCAUAAACGUCCGACGACGCAGAUUUUGCCAACUCGUAAGUAGUCGGCGACUGAAAAUUAUCCAACCGACCACGUAGCGUCUCGUUCGAUUCGUGGUAGAAAAGCAAUUAAUCUUGCAAUUAAUCUUUUCACUACGCUUCGCGCGACGCGUUUCGUUACAGAUAGACAGAUGGAUAGACGGACAGACAGACAGGCAGACACGCGUACAAAAAUUUCGGAUGGGAGUACGCGUUAAAAUUCAAACGAGUCUCGCGACAAAUUGAAACGUUAUUCGCUCUUUUACAAUUUAAGACGUUACUCUUACAAUCCAUGGACGCGAUGGAUUGUAAUUUUACAAAUUAUUAUAACCGUGUUUGGAAAUGCAGCACCGUUCAAACAACAGCGACGAAAGAGCGGAGCGAGCGCGGCGGUAGCGUACAACGUCGCUCGUUCGUCGUACGCCCCAAUUUCCGAGCGUCCCGACGACACUAGUGCCAAAAAACGACCAUGGUACAACCACGUCGAAAGACGUUUUAUCAAACAGACGACGGGAGAAACGUCGACUAUUUGUCGUCUGUCGAGCAAAAUUACACACACGCGCGUGCAAUACCGUUGAUUUUGCGACUCUGUACAGCUGGAUUCCUAACUAACGAACGUACGACUGUCCGAUCACCACGCACGUGGUUACGUGGUUUGCGUAAUUUCACAAGAUUUUGCAUCACAACGGACGCUUAAAAGUUCCUCUUUUCGCUUUCACGAACGAGCAAAAUCGUCGAAAGUGGCCCUCGCUUUCAAACGCGCAGUUCCCGCACAGUACACACGGACCGUUUCACGUAACUUUGCGUAAAAGUAAGAAUCAAAGGAAACGCCAGCGUCGAACUCCCAUCGAACGUCGUUCAAACACGGCAAAGAGAUUCGAGAUCUCAGGCGGUCGAUACGUCGUUACCACGCUCUUCGGGAUACGGUCGUUGCUGUAUUUCUGAGAAGACAAAUCAAUCUUUGGCGGAAGAUUGCGUAUUUGAAAGAAUUACAUUUGAAUUUCGAUCGAUCAGCGAUUGAACGGACGGACGGACGGACGGACGAUCAAACAGGAAAAGUUAUACAAAGUACUUUGCUCUAGGACGACGAACACUGCGUACACGCGUGCGUUCGAAUUGGUCGUCGUUUUCGAACGUUGCAAGAGAGGGAGGAAGAGUCAGCGACGAAACAAAUCAACAGGGACAGUUUUAUUGUAUAAAUUUGUAACGAGCGAAGAAGAGACGUUUGAAAGUUCGUUGCGAAACUCGUACUUGAAAAAUGCGCGGACGUUGCUCUUCGACUUUGGUAAGAAUCUUUCGCGUCCGAUUUUUUUUAUUCGAAAUUUCGAAAAGGAGAGAAAAGAAGAAAAACUACGAGAUGGGAACGUUUUCGUUCGUUUCACUGUACACGGUGAUUUGACGUACGUUGGUCGACGAGACAGUCGCUCGUUCGUCACUGGUCAACCACGUUCGCAGAAGCAGAAAAUCAAGAGUACGUGGCGCAACUUUGUUCGAACGAGUGGACGCUUUAACCGUUUGCGGUCGGAGCCAGCCGACGAGCGAGAGUCGCCGUGGACGAGAGGUAUCGGUG